CGUGACUGGUAGCGUGGUACCAAACGUCGGCGUACGUGACCUUCAGGUCCAGGACCAGGAGCGGCAGAAGACCCACAGCCGUUGGACAGAAUGGAUGGAAGAGGCUCUGUCCUGGCUGGUGCUGCAGGGCCGGCUCUGCGGGGCCAGUGAGCCAUGCUGCCGGCCGCCCUGCAGCUGCUGGCGUUCGCCCUGGCCCUGGUGGGUCUCCUGGGCGUCACCCUGGCCACCGUCCUGCCCAACUGGCAGGUGAGUGCCCCCGCCUGGUCCAGCGUCAUGAUGCAGGGUCUGUGGAUGGACUGCGUGUGGCACAGCGCUGGGAUCUUCAGCUGCAGCAUGAAGAACGCGGCGCCCUCUCUGCCCGCCUACCUGCAGGCCACCCGUGCGGCCAUGGUGCUCACCUGCACCGUCUCCAUCUUUGGGAUCUGCCUGGCUUCGCUGGGGCUCAAGUGCACGCGCUGGGGCGGAGGGCCGAGGGCCAAGGGCCGCACGGCCGUGGCUGCCGGCGGCUGCUUCGUCCUGGCCGGCGGCCUGUGCCUGGGUCCGGCCUCCUGGUUCACCAGGGAGGUCGUCAGGGCCUUCCUGACCUCCGACCUGCCGGACAGCAGCAAGUACCAGCCCGGGGCGGCUCUGUGCCUCACCUUCCUGUCGUCCGGCUUCCUCCUGGCAGGGGGCCUCAUCUUCUGUCUGUCCUGUCCGGGGGGGAGAACGCAGCGGCCGGAGCCCGCGGAGCCGGACUGCUUCGUGCUGCAUCAGCGCCGGAGGACAGCGAGUCCCAGGGUCAGACACAAGGUGGGUUGGGUCCAGGAGUGGGACCGCAAGCCAUCCAGUUACAGCAGGCAGGAGUAUGUGUGA